AUGUCUAAAACGCACCACUCUGCAGAGCCUAUCGAGUUAUCGUUCCCUCUUCCGAAAGCACCGGACACAAGAGUUCACCUCAGCCUCACAAUCCAAGCUACAUCGUCCCACUUGUUCCUGACGACAAAGAGCAAUGGCGACACAUCUACACCGGUGUCACUAGGUUCUUUUGUCUAUGCUAUUCCAGAUAGAUAUAAUCCUGGUCAAACCCUAUCUACCCCUCUCUACACCCACGAAUCUACCCUGGAAUUCACGACCCGUCUUGCGAAAUUGCUUGCACAGAGAACUCAGAAGCCUGUCUAUGUGGGAAACUCAAUAAGUUUCGCUGAUACUGGGAUGGGCGGCACUGUCGAAGAGGAAAUGGAAGGCUUCCGAAAGGUCGUUGAGGUUGUGACAGACGAGGUCAAGAAGAGUAAGCUUAACCACAAAAUUUCUCAAGCGACGCUUGUGGCCCAGAGGGCAAGCGACAGUGUGGGCGACAGUGGGCGAGCGCAAGUUUCGGCCAGACAAUACAGCACCACAUCGCAAUCCCCCGAUCUUCACCUUUACGACACUCUUGCAGAUGUAAUCGCAGAUCCACGUCCACUUGUCCACUUGCGCAAGCGAUCCACAGUUAGCAAACCGCUGGAAGAAUCAACCCCGCGAUCGGUGGCGAUUGAAGGACCCUUCCGAAGAGGUCCCAGUGCCCAUUCCCACAGCUAUCUGGCGUCGCACAAUUCUCCCUUCGACUUGUCUCUUGUUUCUUCAAUUUGGGGUUGGCCAUCCUUCAAGGGUGCAGCUGUGGACAUGGCCUGGCAACCGGAGCAAGAGGCGCUGGGGCAACUAGCAAGCUGCUUGAAAGACUCCUUGAGUGGACACAACAAAAAUGUCCAAAAGCAGGCAGAGACUAUGCUUGCCCAAGCAAAGUCCUCGCCUGAUAUCAACAAUUACCUUACAUACCUAUUCUCAAGCUCUGAAACUCCCGCAGGCCUACCCUAUUCUCCGGUGGAAUACCAUGCGGUUCGAGCGGCGGCGGCUACCAUGCUGAAGAACAAUAUCAGGACUGGUUACAAGACUAUACCGCCCGACAGCCUCACGCUCGUGCGUUCGUCAGUACCUUUGGCUUUGCAAGACAAGAAUCAAUCGAUACGGAACUAUGCUGGAAAUGUCAUCACUCAGAUAGUCACCCGUGGUGGCAUUUUGGGUUGGCCGCAGCUAUUACCAGAGCUGCUCUCGUUAAUUGGGAAUGAGCCCGGAAAUAUCACGCCUGAAGCUCAAGAGGGGGCUAUGGAUGCUCUAGCUAAAGUAUGUGAAGACAACAGGAAAAUGCUGGACAAGGACUAUCAAGGCCAGCGGCCAUUGACAUUUAUCAUUCCGAAACUCAUUGAUUUUACUGUCAGCGACAACCCCAAAGUUCGAUCUCUAGCACUCGGUACCCUGAAUGUUUUCAUCCCCCAGAAACCCCAGGCCUUACUUGUUUCGCUCGAUGAUCUUCUAAACCGUUUGUUUCAACUUGCAAAUGACCCCUCAUCUGAUGUACGGCGGCAGGUCUGCCGAGCCUUUGUUCAAAUCGUGGAGAUCCGACCUGACAAGAUCUUACCGCACAUCGGCGGGCUCGUCGACUACAUGAUUGCGCAGCAAAAGAAAAUUGAGGAUGAAGAACUGGCUUGCGAUGCUGCAGAAUUCUGGCUCACCGUUGGGGAGCACGGCGAGCUCUGGAAAUCUUUAGCCCCUUAUCUCAACAAGAUUAUCCCCGUCCUACUAGAAAGUAUGGUCUAUAGCGACGAAGAUAUUGCAAUGUUGGAAGGCGGUGGCAAUGAUGCGGAUGAGGAAGACCGAGCUGAGGAUAUCAAGCCAACAUUUGCCAAAACCAAGGGCGCUCGAAUUCUCACCAAUGGUGAAGAAGUUGAAGUGGUUGAAAACGGCGGGGGUUAUGCAAAGCUUGGAGACGACGACGACGACUUGGAUGAGGGAGAAAUCGAGGAGUUCGACGACGAUGACGAUGACGAUGAUAAUCCUGAGGAUCGUUGGAAUUUGCGGAAAUGCUCCGCUGCUGCUCUCGAUGUGUUUGCGACCGACUUCCGAGGUCCUGUUUUUGAGACCAUUCUCCCAUACCUAAUGACGAACCUACGCCAUGAGGAGUGGCCUUAUCGUGAGGCAGCUGUACUCGCUCUUGGAGCUGUUGCAGAGGGCUGUCUGGAGGUUGUUACUCCUCAUCUUCCUGAUCUCGUACCUUACCUCAUCUCGUUGCUCAAUGACCCGGAACCACUCGUCCGACAGAUUACUUGCUGGACGCUCGGACGGUAUUCAUCUUGGGGGGCAAACCUCAAUACCGCUGCUUUGCGGGCGCAGUUCUUCGAGCCUAUGAUGGAAGGUAUCCUGACUAAAAUGUUGGAUAAUAACAAGAGGGUUCAGGAAGCUGGUGCAUCGGCCUUUGCACACCUUGAGGAGAAGGCUGGUCACGCAUUGACGCCGUAUUGUGAGCCAAUCAUCCGGCAAUUUGUUCGUUGCUUCGAGAAGUACAAGGACCGGAAUAUGUUCAUCCUCUACGACUGCGUCCAAACCUUAGCUGAGCAUGUAGGCCAUGGACUUGCGCAACCUCAACUUAUCGAUAUUCUAAUGCCAGCGCUCAUCCAUCGAUGGAAUAAGGUUUCCGACCAGUCGAAGGAGCUUUUCCCUCUUCUCGAAUGUUUAUCCUACGUAGCCACGGCUUUGUCAACGUCGUUUGCGCCAUUUGCUCAACCAGUGUUCGCCAGAUGCACAAAGAUCAUCCAUCAAAACCUGGAAGAGUACAUGGCGUCGGUCAAUAACCCAAUUUUAGAUACGCCUGACAAGGACUUCCUCGUAACGAGUUUGGAUCUUGUAAGCGCCAUUGUCCAAGCAGUUGACCAAAAGCAAUCCGCCGAGCUCGUAUCCGGCACACAACCCGGGCUGUUCGACCUACUAACAUUCUGUAUGGAGGAUGCUGAAAACGAAGUUCGCCAAUCAGCGUACGCUGUGUUGGGAGACUGUGCAAAGUACGCUUUUCCACAACUGCGACCGUUCCUACCAACAUUACUCCCGAUCCUUAUCCAACAGCUUGACUUGGAUCAGAUCCUUGACGAGCAAAUUGCCACUGGCUUCAGUGUCUUGAAUAACGCAUGUUGGUCUGCCGGGGAGAUCGCAAUCCAGUACGGCAAGGAGCUAGAGCCCUACGUCGGGCAACUCCUAGAGCGAUAUCUCCAUAUUCUAGGCAAUCCGGAGGUUCCUCGAUCCGUGUUGGAGAACUCAGCAAUAGCCCUGGGCCGACUAGGACUGGACAAUUCUGGGGUUCUGGCGCCUGUCCUGUCAACAUUUUCGGAGCCAUUCUUGAAAUCAAUCCAUAGUGUGGAGCACACGGUGGAAAAGGCUACCGCCAUGAAAGGGUUCUGUUUAGUCGUCCUAAAGAACCCGCAAGCUAUGGAGAAGGACCUCGCGCGCCUCUUCACGAUCAUUGCACGAUAUAACAAUUUCGUAGAAGUAAAUCCUCUAAUCGCUGAUCUCCGGCAGAUUUUCCAGCACACACUGGAAACCUACAAGUCCCUCAUCCCCGACAUGAACGCGUUCCUCACUAGCCAGAUAGCCCCAGCAGACGUAACGGCUCUUCGCACGAUAUACAGCCUGUAA